AUGAAGUUUUCCAGCCGUCGCCAUUUCUUCAUUACUUUUCUUCAGACAUGCGCUGUGCUGCGUCUUGUAAACGCAGCUUCUGCAGUCGCCCCUGCCCAAGGAAACGACAGCAGCGCUGACUUACCCGCCUGUGCAUUGAAUUGCAUCCCAGCACCAAUCGCCGAACGACAGUGCGGUGGCAAUACAUCAUGCUGGUGCGAACUAGAUGAUGCAAUGGGCAAAGCGGAAAAGUGCCUCUCAAGUUUCUGCUCUAUGCCAGUCAUAAUAACUAGUCGAAAGCCCGCUAGCGUAAACUGCCACCAGGCAAAGCGCGACAAGGCACCCGAAUACUUGGUCGUCAACUUGACGCUUGCCAUCAUAACCACCGUCAUCGUGCUAUCACGACUACUCUUCAAGCGUUUCAUCGGUGCCGCGCGCAAAAACAGCCCAGACGACUGGGCCGUUCUCGUGGCGUUUGCCGUUGGUCUGCCUUGCGCCUUUCUCAAUCACUUCGGCCUGGUGCCUAAUGGGCUUGGAAAGGACGCGUGGACCCUUGAUCUCGAAACAGUCUCCAAAUUUGCAAUGUACUUUUAUGUCUUGGAGGUAUUGUAUACCGCAGCCGUGGCGUUGAUCAAGAUGACGUUUCUUGUCUUCUACUUUAGCAUCUUCACCAGCGCAAGCUCAAGACGUUGGACUCGGCCGCUCCUGUGGCUUGCCGUGGUCUUUGACGUGCUUCUCGGUAUUAUAAGCGUAUGCGUCGCGGCUGUUCAGUGUGUCCCUGUUUCCUACUAUUGGGAUAGAUACAAGGACGAGUCGGCAGAUGGUCACUGCAUUCCCAUUGAGCCUCUCGCGUGGGCCAACGGCGUACUUAGUGUGGCACUCGAUAUUUUGAUAAUUUUGAUCCCACUCGCCGAAGUCGUCAAAAUGCAAAUGCACUGGAAGAAGAAGACGGGCGUCAUUCUGAUGUUUCUUCUCGGAACCGCUGUAACUGUCAUUUCAACCUUGCGCCUACUCUCAGUUUCCGGGUUCUCUAGCCUUGUCAACAUUACCUGGGAGUUUUACGGUGUCGCUCUUUGGUCGACUGUGGAAAUCAACACUGGCAUUGUCUGCACCUGCUUGCCUACAAUACGCCUGAUUUUGGUCCGCAUUUCACCCAAGGUGUUCGGCUCCUACGGGUCACGUUCUGGUUCAAGGCUGCCCUCAUCUUCUGCAGGCUCGAAAUUCUCGCGCAAGACAUCUUCGGGCACUUCAACAGUUUUGUAUCCUAAUUUGGAGGACGAGGAUGUUUAA